AAGAAACAGUCAGUAUAUCCGUCGUAAAUUGAAUCUUUCUCUGUCUGCCAUUUAUUUAAAACCAUUUUUGAUAUGGGUAAUUGAUAGUUUUUGAUUAGUCGGUGACACAAGAUGCAGUGACGGAGGCAGCACUAUCGUUCAUCCACUAUACAUUUAUCAUCUAUCAUAUUUUCGUAUGCCGAAACUCGAAAAUAAAAUAAUUUAAAAACUCAAACAAAUAAAGAAUGUCUCAUCCUGUAUUGUCAGUAUGUAUAUUUUGCUUAAUUUGUGCAACACACUCUCCUUGUGGUUCUCAUGCUGCAGUGAAACAUGAAUCGCCCCAUAUCAAAAAAGAUUUAUUCCUGAAAGAUUCAAAUAACUCACCAUCUUUAACUCCUGAAGAAACCCUGUCCAGGGUUAAAUUAAAACAAGAAGAAGGGUUUGUGGAAACAUUUAGAAAUAUAACUAAUGAAGUAUCUUCAUUAAACAUUAAAAAGCUUAGUUUAUUCAAAAGAAACAGUAUUAAUAUUGAAAAUAGUGAUAAUACCCCAAAUAUUUCUAAAGAAAAAGAUUAUGCAAAUAAAAUAUUCGAGACAUUUGGUGAUGGAAAUACUAUGUCAAAGGAAGGAUUUGAAAAGUUUCUGGAAAGUUUUGGCUUUGUUCAAAUUGUAUCCAAACAACUAGAAAGUGAAACAAAUAAAGAAGGUGGGAGAGAAAAUUCAACUGUACCAAAGGAAAACAAAAAAAAUAAUUGCAUAGACAGAAAGGAAAUAUUCGCAGAGUUAAGUGGAACGGACAUCACAGACACAGAUGCCAGAAUCAAUGACACGAUGUUGCGGAAUGCCUGUCCGGCAAUUCUCUACACGCUUAUGGUGGGCCAGUGCAACGAGGAGCAACAUGAUCAUUCUGAAGAAAGCCCACACGAACAUAACACCUUGGCCGUUUGGGUCUAUUCAACCAUUGCGGUCAUUCUUACCAGCGCCUGUGGUGUUCUGGCGGUGGUGGUGAUACCCAUCAUGCAGAUGAAGUUUUAUAAGCCCCUAUUACAAUACCUUAUUGCUUUAGCCGCAAGUACAUUAUCUGGUGAUGCAUUUUUGCAUUUGCUGCCUCAUGCCAUGACUAAAUUUCACGUUCACGGGACUCACGGUCACCAUGUUCACCACGAGGAAGUUUUCUUGGAAGGGAACGAACUUGACCCCCACCAAGAAAACACAUGGAAAGGCUUCGUUGCCAUGACAGGGUUGAUGUUCCUCUUCUUCAUGGAGAGGAUAAUUCUCAUUAUAGGAAAAUGGAGAAAAGGAAAGCAGAAGAAGCCCGACGGACAUUCUCACAUGAAAAUCCUUUCGAAUGGUUUGGAUGAUAUGAACGAGAGCAAUCCUACACAGUGUGUAGACAGAUAUAAUGCCUAUCCGUAUUGUUAUCAGGAUAUUAUAAACCAUCAGUUACAUGGUUGUCCCUUGGAAAAUGACAAGACAGCUUCGAGUAUGCUGGACGAUGUUGAUAUGACAUCGGACCUAUCGUUCAAGAAGUCCAAAUCGGCCACUACUGAAAACAUCGAAGACAAUCAGAAUAUAGGAGGGUGUAUGAACGAGAACAAUCUCUCGUCUUGCACAGAAGUGAACAAGAUGCUGCCCGAGAAGACCCCCAAGAACGAUAAUAUCACCAUAAUCCUAAGGGAACAUGGCAGUAGCCAUCAUGGCCAUUCUCACUCUCACGGUCACGUUCAUUCUGCACCACAGAACCUUUCUUCCGUAGCUUGGAUGGUGAUCAUGGGUGAUGGCCUCCAUAACUUCACAGAUGGAAUAGCAAUAGGUGCUGCAUUUUCCGUAAGCUUGGCAGGCGGUUUUUCCACAACUGUAGCAGUGUUCUGUCAUGAAUUACCACACGAACUAGGAGACUUUGCCAUGCUACUGAAAGCUGGGAUGACGACCAAACAGGCACUCUUCUACAAUCUAUUGUCCAGUGUUUUGAGUUUAUUCGGGAACUACGUUGGAAUUCUAGUUGGUAAUUCAGAGUACGCCAGUUCCUGGGUGUUUGCUGGUGCUGCGGGUAUGUUCAUCUACAUCGCUCUAGUGGAUAUGCUGCCCGAGUUGAGUUCUUCGCAUGAGGACGAAAAUAAUUUCACGCAGUACUUACUUCAUAUGGGAGGCAUGCUGAGUGGUUUUGCCAUAAUGGCAGUGAUAGCGCUGUACGAGGAUGAACUGAAGUCGAUCUUCAAAGAACCAAUGUAAUAAAUGGUACAGACUGAAUAGUUUUUACUUCAUUUUUUACAAAGUGUACAGAUGGUCCAGUUUCGGAGCAGAUGAGGAUGAUUUGUACGUUUUUUGAUAGUCAUAUUUUUUUUGCAUCUCUACAAAAGUAUAUCAGCAUUUUGCAUGCAGAAUAUGAUGUUAUGUUAUUUUCAAGAGCGUUCUGAAAUUGUAGGUUUUAUUCGAAAAUAAGCCAAAUUGAUCCAGUGAGAAAUUUAUAUUGGAAAACCUCAGUGAAAAUUGACUAUUUUUGUUUUGAGGAAAUAAUUAAUAUUUUUUAUAAGAAUUGAAUUCCUAUGACCUCAGGGAAAAUUUAUCUGUAUUCUUAACUUUUUAUUCAUAACUGAAAAAGAAAUAUAUUAUUAACAAAAAUGUGUUAUGUGAUUUGAGUUUGCAUUUAGAAUUUUGUUAGUGAUGGGAAUAGAAUUUAUCCCAUUGGUUUCGAAGCAAUUUUUUUUUUUUCAGAAUUUUUAGGUAUCGGUCAAGUCAACUAUUUACCAGAGAAUUAUUUCGUUCUGUGCAUCGAUAGAAUUAAGUUCAUAUUUUGUUACUUCAAUAACUCUGUAACAGUUGUCGAGAUCAGAAAACCAAUAUUUUAAAAAUUGUUAAUGUUUAAAUAUUUCGAUUUAAGUAUAUUUUAUUGUUGAACAUGCUUUAAUAACAAAGAGGCUUGUAGGUAAUAAUCUAUACUGCUCAGACAUUGGAUCAACUAUUGAAUGUCCUAGCCAACAGAGGCUUGUUUUUGAUCAGCUGUUUGUUUUUUGAUUUUACUUAAAUUUUAAGUAAUUUUAUAUCAGAACACUUAAUAGGGUUAAUAUAUUUUUAUGUUUUAAUGAAAAUUCAAUUGAGUUCCUGAGCAAUUUUGUAGACUGAACAUGGAAAUUCACUGUU